AUGAACACCUGCCUGCUCUCUGCGCUGUGUCUCCUAGGGACCUGGGCCACCCUGGCAGGAAGUGUGACCGUGAAGGAUGGAGAGUUCUCCUUUCCUCUGGAGUCAGUGAAGAAGCUUAAAGACCUUGAGGAGCUCCCAGAGCCCAGGCUUGGCAGCCGCAGGAAACUUUUACCCAUGCUAAGGGAGCCUGUUGCUCCCAGGCUCUGCAGCUAUGCUAAUUUUCCAGAAGCACUCAGGCCACUGUGCAAGGAACCCAAUGCAGAACAGAUUCUGCAGAGAUUGGAGGCCAUCGCUUAUGACCCAGGCAUGUGUGAGAUCUGUGCCUACGCUGCCUGUACUGGAUGCUAGGUCUCUGCCUCUUCCCCAGCCCACAAAGAAGCCCUUUCUUCUACUGGAAGGUCAGCCUGUGAUACUCCAGGUGUUAGCAUUUCAACAUACCCUACUAGGAGUGCGGAGAAGUGAAGAGAGAACAGCUCAGAAAGUAGCUGAGGAAGUGGAGGACCUGGGUGAAGCUUUCGAAGA